AUGCAACGAGGAUCGGUGAUUGGGAAUUUAGCCAAGGAUCUCGGAUUGGAGGCGAGCGCGCUGUCCGGUAGAAAAGCCCGCAUCAACGCCGACGGGAGCGGAAAACGUUACUGUGAUCUAAACGCGAGAAGCGGAGAGCUGAUUGUGGCCGACAGGAUUGACAGAGAGGGGCUUUGUGGUGACAAGGCUUCGUGCGUCCUGAAACAUGAGGAUGACUUAAUUGAUUUGGAGAUAAGCGAGUCAGCCGACAAAGGGGCUCGUUUUGUGAUAGAGGAGGCCCACGAUGCGGAUCUUUCAAAUAUAUUCAGCAUUGAUCGUAAAGUGGGCACAAUUGCUGUAAUUGGCACUGUUGACUAUGAAUCUAGCACAUCAUAUGAAUUACGUGUGAAAGCCAAAGAUGGGCUCGGGCUAUCCUCUUAUGCACAGGUGAUUUUUUCCAUCACUGACAUGAAUGACAACGCCCCUGUGAUCAAUUUAAAAUCUCUGUCUAAUUCAGUUGCAGAGAAUGUGUCACCUGGUACAGAGGUGGGCCUCAUUAAUGUGCAGGACAGAGACUCUGAAAAGAAUGGAAAAGUGCGCUGCUCCAUUGAACAAAACGUCCCCUUUAAGUUAGUUCCUUCUAUUAAAAACUAUUAUUCUCUGGUGACGACGGAACAACUUGACCGUGAACUUGUGUCUGAUUACAACAUUACAAUCAGUGCCACUGACAAGGGCUCCCCUCCUUUGUCCUCCUCGAAAAGUGUUCACUUGUCUGUAGCGGACAUCAACGACAACCCACCUGUGUUUGAGGAACAGUCCUACAGCGCAUAUGUGAGUGAAAAUAACAAAGCUGGCUCCACUUUAUGCUCUGUAAGUGCCCGAGACCCCGACUGGAGACAGAACGGCACCGUAAUUUAUUCUCUGUUACCUUCUGAGGUGAACGGUGCCUCUGUGUCCUCAUUUGUGUCUGUUAACGGAGACACGGGGGUGAUCCACGCUGUCAGGUCGUUUGACUACGAACACUUGAGGAGUUUUCAAGUCCACGUUAUGGCCCGAGACAACGGUUCUCCUCCACUGAGCAGAGUCCACGUCAUGGCCCGAGACAACGGUUCUCCUCCGCUGAGCAGCAAUGUGACCAUCAACGUUUUCAUAUCGGACAUGAAUGACAACUCUCCUCAGAUUUUGUACCCCGCCCCGGAUGGCAACUCCUUCAUGACCGAGCUGGUCCCCAAAGCUGCACAUGGAGGCUCUGUGGUGUCCAAAGUGAUCGCGGUGGACGCCGACUCGGGACAGAACGCCUGGCUGUCCUAUCAUAUUGUCAAGUCCACAGACUCGGGACUCUUCACCAUUGGUCUUCACAGUGGAGAGAUCAGGACCCAGCGGGACAUUUUGGA